AUGUCAUCUAAAACUGCCACAUCGAAAUCGCAGAACAUCAAAUUAAAUAGAGGUAUCAAAAUCAUGACACCAUUUCAGAAACACACUAAUCAUCAUAAUGGUGUUAUAAUUAUUGAUUUGAAACCUGAAGUCACUCCUGAUCAAAUCAAAUCUCAUUUACCUCAUUGUAUUUCUGUUGAAAUCGAUCCAAGGCUUGGUACAUUGAAUAAUGAUCAACACCAUGCAUUUGUUGCCAAAUUUGAAGAUUCGAAACAUAAACCUGAUAACGAACUCAUGAGUUUGCCUAUUGAAUUAUUUAACUCUGAUAUGAUUAUAUUCGGAUAUAUCGAAGAAAAUAUCGAAAUUUCCAUCAAUGAUUUGGUCAAACAAAGAUACGGGAAAGACUUGAUGUUAUUAGGCUAUGUUUCGAAAGAUAUUACUUCAGAGCAACUCCAUACCCUAUUACCAACGUCAAAUUGCAUCUACGAAAUUCAUUCAAAUGAAAUUCAAGACGAAAACAAAAAGUUAUUUGUUGUUUCAACGCUAAGCUUACAGAACUUCUAUUUACAAGUAAAUACAAUCCCAGAAUCCUAUUUUACAGGCAAAAGAUUUUAUUCACCAAUUGAAGAGUCCGUUGAAAUGGCCGUAGCUCGUCUUAAGCCAUAUUUAGACGGAACAAACCAGAAAGAAAAAACGAAACAUAAAAAAGGACCAAUUCGAUUUUUAGUUACAAAUUUACCAGAAGGAGUUGAUGAUAAAGCAUUAUUCAGAAGUUUACCUCACUGUGGCUCUGUUGAACUUACUGAAUCUGGAAAUGCUUAUAUUAUCGACUUCCCAACUUUAUUUGACGAAAUUGAGCUUCAAGAACUACGACAUACCAUCGGAUCCUUUGAUUACACUAUCAUUAAGAGAACACCUUCAGCUUCAUUGAAAGUUAUACAGAGAUUCAAGACUUUCUCAAAAACUGACGAAGAAGAAGAGUAG